AUGGAUGCAGGCAUUGACGAACUCAAGCUCUUUGGUGUAAAGAAGCUAAUCCCUUUCAGGAUACCCACGCAGUUUAGAGAGGGCAGGUGUAGAAGUGUUUCUGAUUUCGAGAAAUUGAAUCGGAUUGGCGAGGGCACAUAUGGCAUUGUCUAUAGGGCACGUGAUUCCGUUACUGGAGCCAUAGUUGCGCUGAAGAAGGUUCGAAUGGAGAAUGAGAGAGAUGGUAUGACUUACAAAUUUCUUUAUUUAUUCGCCACAGGGAUCCCGAUUAGCAGUCUCCGAGAAAUAACCCUUUUAUUGAGUAUCAAACAUCCAAACGUUGUCCAGCUGAAGGAGGUUGUUGUGGGGCGCAGUCUUGAUAGCAUAUUUCUUUCAAUGGAGUACUGUGAACAAGACCUGGCGAGCCUCUUAGAUAACAUGCCAAACUCCUUUACAGAAGCACAGGUCAAAGGAAUCAUGCUGCAAGUGUUCAAAGGUCUGCGAUACCUUCACGAGAACUUCAUAAUUCAUCGUGAUUUGAAAGUAUCAAAUCUGCUUAUGACCGAUAAAGGAAUGGUGAAGAUAGCUGACUUUGGACUUGCGCGUCCAUCCAAUUCGCAGCAUCCGAUGACACCUAAGGUAGUUACUUUGUGGUACCGCGCGCCCGAGGUUUUGCUGGGUGAUAAGAUGCAGACCAAGGCAAUUGAUAUAUGGUCGGCGGGUUGCAUUAUGGGGGAAUUGCUUCUCCACAAGCCCCUCUUACCCGGUAAGAACGAGGUGCACCAGUUGGAACUGAUCAUCGACUUACUGGGCACCCCAAAUGAACGUAUUUGGCCUGGGAUGAGCUCGUUACCUCUGCUAAAGAAAAUUACGCUGAAGACCCAGCAAUACAACAACCUUCGCCAGACCUUUCCUUGGCUCUCUGAUGCCGGAUUUAGGUUACUUAAUUUCCUCUUCAUGUACGAUCCAAUGAGGCGCGCUCGCGCCAGGGAGUGCUGUCAGAGCUCCUACUUUAGGGAACAUCCUCUUCCUUGUGAACCAGAAAUGAUGCCCUCAUUUCCGCAGCACCGCUUGAAGCGCAAAGCCUCACCCACUGAUGCUGGGGCGAAUGAGACAUUCGCUCCCGUUCCAGCGCCCGAACCCACUUCCGGACUUUUCGAUGCCGCAUUUGACAGAAUUGUGAAGAGCAGGCGUAUGUGA